AUGUGGCUGCAGAGCACCCAGCACAGGUGGCUGGGGCAGGAGAGGUGCAGCGUGUCCGCACGCCUUACCUGGAGCGUUGGCACCCCCAGGGUUAUCAAUGCCGAGAAGUCGGAGUUCAACGAGGACCAGGCAGCCUGCUGUCAAAUCUCCAUCCGGAGGAGAGAGCCGGGCCUGGAGGAGGAUGAGGAAUGGCUGAUCCUGUGCUCCACGCAGUUUCUGACUGGUUACUACUGGGCACUGUUUGAUGGCCAUGGCGGCCCAGAAGCUGCCAUCAUUGCCUCCAACUAUUUGCACUACUGUAUCAAGCAGAAGCUGGAGGAGGUUGUGGGAGGCAUCACAGAGGCCCGGCCCCCCAUGCACCUCAGCGGACGCUGCGUUUGCGACAGUGACCCCCAGUUCGUGGAGGAGAAACACAUCCAUGCAGAAGACCUGGUGGUGGGAGCCCUGGAGAACGCCUUCCAGGAAUGCGAUGAAGUCAUCGGCCAGGAGAUGGAAGCUACGAACCAGACAGGAGGCUGCACUGCUCUGGCUGCCCUUUAUUUCCAGGGAAAGCUGUAUGUGGCUAAUGCUGGGGACAGCAGGGCGAUUCUUGUUCUGAAGGACAAUGUUGUGCCCAUGAGCUGCGAGUUCACACCCGAGACAGAAAGGCAGCGAAUCCAGCAUUUGGCUUUUCUUUUCCCUAAGCUCCUGGACGGCGAGUUCACACGCUUCGAGUUUCCACGGAGGUUGAAAGGAGAUGAUGUAGGUCAGAAAGUCCUGUACCGGGAUUACUUCAUGGAGGGCUGGGGAUACAAGAUGGUGGAGAAAGCCGACCUCAAGUAUCCUCUUGUCCAUGGUCACGGGAAGCAGGCUCGCUUGCUGGGGACGCUGGCUGUCUCUCGAGGUCUGGGGGAUCACCAACUCAAAGUCAUCGACACCAACAUUGAAGUCAAACCUUUCCUCUCCUGCAUUCCCAAGGUGAAUGUGUUUGACCUUGCUGUGCAUGACAUUAAGGAAAAUGAUGUCCUCAUCAUGGCAACUGAUGGCCUUUGGGAUGUUCUGUGCAAUGAAGAGGUGGCCCAUAUGGUCAGGAGCUUCCUUGCAGAAAACGGGACAGAUCCACACAGAUUUUCAGAACUGGCCAAGUGCUUGGUAUGCAGAGCAAGGGGAAAGAAGACAGGCCACCAGUGGAUGCUGGAUGACAGCCACGAGGCAUCCUACGAUGACAUCUCUGUAUUUGUCAUCCCACUGCACAACAGGGAUGAGGACUGACUGUUAGCAUGACAGGCAAGAUCUCUGGGUCCCCCUACUAUGAUGCUAUUCAGCAUCAACCUGAGACCAAGGGAUUUCUGCAGUGCAUGUGCACUCUCUUCCAGCAAAACCACCUGCAAUGGAACCCGACAAUGCACAGCCAGCACUUAUGCAGAAGAUGAACAAGGACAUUAGCUCCUUAAGAACAAGCAAGAGAGGAACAGUGGGCAACAAAUCAUUCCCUUUACUCCUUUCUCAUUGUUGGGCCAAGGAGAAAUUGCAAAGGGGGCCACACAAGCUGAAGGGUACUAUUCCUAACAUCUUUGCGGUACAGUGAGACUCAAACCCGUAUUUCUAGUGACCCCUCUCCCUUUUUAAUAUUGAAGAAUGA